AUGCUUCAAAUUCGACUUAGGAGAGAUUCGCCGACGGAGACUGGAAAUGGAGCGAGACCUUCUCCGACGGAAACAGUGACUGUAGCUUGUCCUGACCACCUCGUCCUCGCUGAUCUUCCUGUCGCGAAAGGGAUUGGUUCCGUGACUCCAACCACCGUAAUCAAACCCGUCGGUCGUCGUUCUCGCCGUCAGUUAGGAGAGAGAGUUCACUUUUGUGUUCGUUGCGAUUUUCCGAUUGCAAUCUAUGGUCGUCUGAUUCCUUGUGAUCAUGCGUUUUGCCUCGAAUGUGCUCGUAGUGAUUCCAUCUGCUAUCUAUGUGACGAACGGAUUCAAAAGAUUCAGACGAUCAAAAUGAUGGAAGGAAUCUUCAUAUGUGCAGCUCCUCAUUGUCUCAGGUCUUUCCUGAAGAAACUUGACUUUGAAGCUCAUGUCCAUGACCUUCACGGCAGUCUAUUACAAGCCGAUGCAGAGAAAGAAGACGGUAAUGAGUCAGACGUUCAGAGCACAAAGCAGCAAUCUUCAGCUUCAGAAUCCACAUUGCGAGGUCCCUUAAAAUCCCAGCAGCAACAAUCCCGUGAACAACAACCGUUACUGCACAGGUCAGGGUCAUUCUCAAAGCCACAAUCUGGAUUUGGUCAAGUCCAGAAUUACCCUGCGGACAUAGAUAACUCUCGUCCUCCAGGAUUCGAAACCGCUAGUCCUAAACCGGGAAUCCGGUUCCCAGACUACCCGCCUAUGAAUCUUAUGCAACCGCCCAGCUUGCCCAUUCCCAUGAAUCAAAACCCAGGUUUACCGCAGCAGUUUGGUUUUCCAUCUUAUCCAACAACCGAUGGAUCGUCUCAACAAUUCUAUAGCGGUGCACCUUAUGAAAUGACGAGAGCAGAAGGUAGCGGGUCAGAACAAGGUUCAUUGCUCGGGUAUCCGUCUACACCAGUGAUGAAUCUGAAUUUCCAAGGAUCGUAUCCUCCUCAGACAUGGAAUCCCGGAAUGGCACCGCCUCAAACUCCCCAGCAGGUUAACAGGGGUAGAGACGGUCAAGGUUUUGGGUGGCAACAAGAGAACCGUGAUGGCUUUGGGCAGGAGUAA